GCGGAUUGGCCCGUGACGGGACCUGUUGGUCGCGGUGGUGUCUGGGAAGGAGAGAAAAUGGCGACGGAGCCGAGCAAGACGGAAAUCCAGACUCUUUUUAAGAGGCUUCGCGCAAUUCCGACGAACAAGGCCUGCUUCGACUGUGGCGCCAAGAAUCCGAGCUGGGCCAGCAUCCCAUACGGCGUUUUCUUGUGCAUUGACUGCUCGGGGGUGCACCGCUCCCUGGGCGUCCAUCUCAGCUUCGUCAGGUCCACAGAGUUGGAUUCCAACUGGAGCUGGUUCCAGCUAAGGUGUAUGCAGGUCGGCGGGAAUGCCAAUGCGACAGCUUUCUUCCGCCAACAUGGAUGCACAGCCAGUGAUGCCAACACCAAAUAUAAUAGCCGAGCUGCCCAGAUGUAUCGGGAAAAGAUCCGACAGCUGGGGAGUGCGGCCCUGGCUAGGCAUGGCACUGAUCUUUGGAUAGACAAUAUGAGUAGUGCUUCCAGUCACUCCCCGGAGAAGAAGGACUCUGAUUUCUUCACAGAACACACUCAACCCCCUGCCUGGAAUGCACCAGCCACUGACCCAGCAGAGACCCAGCAGCCAGCCCCAUCAGAGAGCAGUGGCCUGGCACAGCCGGAGCAUGGCCCCAACACAGACCUGCUUGGCACCUCACCCAAAGCCUCUCUGGAAUUGAAAACCUCCCUCAUUGGCAAGAAGAAGCCAGCAGCAGCCAAGAAAGGGCUGGGGGCCAAGAAAGGCCUAGGGGCCCAGAAGGUGAGCAGCCAGAGCUUCAGUGAGAUCGAGCGACAGGCCCAGGUGGCAGAGAAGCUCCGUGAGCAGCAGGUGGCUGAUGCCAAGAAGCAGGCCGAGGAGUCCAUGGUUGCCUCCAUGCGUCUAGCCUACCAGGAGCUCCAAAUUGACCGUAAGAAGGAGGAGAAGAAGCUACAGAAUCUGGAAGGGAAGAAGCGAGAACAGGCAGAGAGGUUGGGCAUGGGCUUGGUAUCCCGAAGCUCCGUCUCCCACUCAGUGCUGUCUGAGAUGCAGGUGAUCGAGCAGGAAACCCCAGUGAGUGCAAAAUCUUCCCGCUCGCAGCUGGACUUAUUUGAUGAUGUUGGUACUUUCGCCUCUGGACCCCCAAAGUACAAGGACAACCCCUUUUCCUUGGGGGAAAGUUUUGGUUCCCGCUGGGAUACAGAUGCCUCCUGGGGUAUGGACAGGAUGGAGGAGAAGGAGCCAGAAGUGACCAUCUCAAGCAUCCGGCCUAUCUCAGAAAGAGUCACAAACCGGAGGGAAGUAGAAAGCCGGAGCUCGGGCCUCGAGUCCAGUGAAGCAUGUCAGAAAUUUGCAGGAGCCAAAGCCAUCUCGUCUGACAUGUUCUUUGGGCGGGAGGUGGAUGCUGAGUAUGAAGCCAGGUCUCGGUUACAGCAGCUCUCAGGCAGUAGCGCCAUCAGCUCUUCAGACCUCUUUGGGGACGUGGACGGAGCUCAUGGAGCAGGUGGCGUGUCUCUGGGGAAUGUGCUCCCCACAGCUGACAUCGCCCAGUUUAAGCAGGGUGUCAAGUCUGUGGCUGGGAAGAUGGCUGUGCUAGCCAAUGGUGUGAUGAAUUCUUUGCAGGAUCGCUAUGGUUCCUACUGAUCCAUGCUUCAUGGCUCAGGCACAUGGUGGUGAUGGCAGCAAAACCCCCAUGAUUCCCAGCGCAGGGAUGCUUGCCUUGUGGAAGCUGGGGAGGAACUGAUACUCUGUAUGUGUGGUGUGGGAGCGGGGUGGCCUUUGAGGAUCUAGGGUGAGGGGAUGGGCGGUGCUAGCCCUUGUCCUCUGCCUGCAGAUGGAGCUCUUCAUCCCCCGCCCCCCACCCCUCUGUGUGCUAGGUUAUUGUCCUUCCAAUUCUGCCCCUAAAGCUGCUGCUCACUUGUCCUGCCGCACUGGGAGGGGGGGUGUUCCCUCAGGAUGGCUUAUUCUGGGUCCAGCCCUUCCCCAAGUAGGAAGAGGGAAAAGUGUAGGGCUAUUCUGCCGGCUCUAGGAUCCUUCCAGGUCAUCUGGGGGUUUGGCCCCCAUCCUCUGGCACCAGUGGGGAAGUCUAGAAAGAGUUUUGCUGUAGACCAGCCCCCAGGGGAGGCCAGGGGAGGGAGGCUCUGGACUGGCUGCUGCUGUUGCUGCUCCAGUGGCCUCUUCUGGGCACCAGGAGAGGGCAGGAAAGGGGAAGGACCCUCAUCUGGGCCCUAUUUAGUAAGGGCUAGAAAUUUGACAUGGUACCUAAAGGUUUCAUUUGGGAUCAGACUGGAGGCCCGAGUGAUCUUCUGUCUCAUCACCCCUUUUUACAGUGAUCACUUGGAGGAUUACUUCUCCUCCUGGGUGUCUCGGAGUCCUUCUGUACCAUCCAUUGUGGACCACAGGACCCUCUGUCCCUUCCUGAGACUCUGUCCCUUCUUCCCCUGCUUGGUGGGUCUCAUCUGCCCUGUGCCCUGCUCCGGAUGCUGUGAGUGUAAUGCUGGCCAAGGAAGCAGAGGACAUGAGGGACAGAAGCAGGCUCCUGGGGCUCAACUUUCUUCCUCUGCAUCAUGCUGGGCUUAGAGGGGCCUGGACAGCACCCCACCAGUGAGAGCUUGAGGCGCCUACAGAGCCGCAGGCCUGCCCCUGGCCACUGGGCCAGGCACUGUGUCAUCCUUGGUGCCAUCUCUCCCUGCCGUGCUGGCAGUCUGGGCUCACCCCACCCCCUGUGGGUUGAGGGUUGGGCUCCCAAGCAACAAACCACUCUUCCCCCAACCCCCUCCCCCAAAGGGAUGUGACUUUCUUUCUGGACUGUUUGUAUUGAAACAAAGUGGUGUCAAAUAAAUCCCCAAUGGGGCCCCAGGCCCCUCUUGGUCUGAGUGAA